AUGAUAUCAACUAAUUCAAUAAUACAUCCAAAUACUGCAAAUAAACAAUUUAAAUUUGAAAGAUAUUUAAGAAAUGAAUACAACUUCGGUUCAAAUCCAGAUAGGCCAAUUUGUCAAUUUUAUAAUUCUUAUAAUCCCAAUACUUCAUGUCCAAAUGGUUCAAAUUGUCCAAAUAAGCAUGUAUCAGCAAUGUAUUCAAAUAAAAUAGUAUGCAAACAUUGGUUGAGAGGAUUAUGCAAAAAAGGAGAUCACUGUGAAUUUUUACACGAAUAUAAUUUAAGGAAAAUGCCAGAAUGCUUGUUUUAUUCAAAAAAUGGAUUUUGUACUCAAACUCCUGAAUGUUUGUAUUUACAUGUUGAUCCGCAAUCAAAAAUACCAGAAUGUAUAAAUUAUAGUCAAGGAUUCUGUAGUGAAGGUCCAAAUUGUAAAAAUAGACAUAUUAGGAAAGUAGUGUGUCCUUUAUAUUUAUAUGGGUUUUGUCCAAAGGGUAAUGAAUGUGAAUAUGCUCAUCCUAAAUUUGAUUUCCAUAAUUUAUAUUUAAGAAUAAAACCAGAUCCAAAACUGAUAAAUGGCAAUAAACCAAAUGAUGAAAAUGAAGCAAUACGAGCGUAA